AUGCCUUUUGGACGGUCCGAUUCCUUCACGGAGGGCAGCAUAAAUAACAAUAACACCUACAGUCCCGGCAAAGGCGUGCAGAAUAAAAUGGACGGCGUCACCACCACUUCCGCCAGAAAUGGGUCGCAAAGCCCACCAACGUCAUCGUCGCAUCACGGCCUGGUCGAUGACAGUCCCGACCAGCGGAGCCUGGAGCUGAUGAAUGCGAUGACGCCAAGCGUGGGCACGCCUCGUUUUGGGCAGAACGGCAUUGUCAACAUGGGCGACUGGAACUUGUCCCCCACCAGCCUUUCAAUUCCGCUAAAUUGCGCCACCCCACCGCCCGCGGCAAGGUUAGGACGCACCACGUCGGCGCUUUCUUCGUCGUUGCAGCGGUAUUGCCAUGAUCCGUACUCGCUGAGUGGGUCCCAGCGUCUCAGUCCGCAGUCGAAUCCUAUGAGCCACGCCGCGUCGCCGCCGGAGUGUGCCAUUCCAUCACUCUCGCUUAGCCACCUUCACGACGAUGUGACGGGGCCGCUGCCCAUCGUGACAGUUAUGGCGGCUGUGCCAAAGGAGCGAAACGAGACCCGUGGACGGCGCAAGGGGCGCAACGGCGACCACUCGCGCAACAGCAAGGUGCUGGCCGACGUCCCACCCCCGCGGGUCAUGCGGUACCUGCCGCCGCCGCCUCCAGGCAUAGACAACGUCACCUCCCGCAUACUCUCGCUGGAGGAUCUACACCCCAUCGCAAAGCGGUGGUACGACCGAACGAUUGCGGCUGAGGCUAGCUACAGUCAGCGUCUUUCUGCCUCUGUUUGGCUGCCACCGUUUGUGCCAAUGACGCAGCAGCGACCCCUUAUUGCGACAGGGCAUGCGCUUUUGUGCCCACGUGUAGAACAUUACCAGAACAGCUUUUGGCAGUGGCUGGCCGACGCAGAGCGGUGGUGGGAGAGCGCCGUGCGUCCACACACGGGGAUUUCGCUACCCCUGCCACCUCCAUACCUCUUUGGUGCAUGA